CUCUCUUCAUCGGUCUCUAAACGAAACAAUCCGAGGAUUCACAAUGCCUUCCCAUGACCAACCAUCACCACCAACACCGUCAAAACCGAAUCCAAAGCUCCUAUCCCUCCUCCUUAAGGCCAUCAUCAUGACCCUCCUCACCUCUCUCUUCUUCCUAUUCCUCGGCCUUGCCUCCGCCACCUUGCUCCUCCUCCAUGUCUCCCUCUCUUCCCACCGCCACCGCCGUUCUUCUCUCCCCUCCACCUCUUCUUCUGGGCUACCCCCCAGAGACCUCAACACCCUCCCCCACUUCAGAUUAAAGCGGCACGCCAGGAAGAAUGGCGCCGCUGAAGAUGAAGAAUGCGUGGUCUGCCUUGACUCCUUCAGGGACGGCCAGUGCUGCAGGAAACUCGCGGCUUGCGGUCACCUGUUCCACAAGCGGUGCGUGGACUCGUGGCUCGUCAAGGUCGCCGCCUGUCCGAUGUGCCGAGCACAUGUGCAAUCAAAUGCGGGAACGAAGGGUUCCAUGGUGGGUUUGGAGGAGGAUGAGGAUAAGAAGCUUUGGGGGGAUUUGGUAGGCUUGUAAUUAUUGUAAGUUCUUGUAACUCCGAAAUUUUGUACUGGAUUAGUUUUUGUUCCCUCUUUCUGUUUUCAGUUAAUGUAUAGUGUCAGAUAUAAUUUGCUAGCA